UUUCUGUGCCACACACGCUCAUACAUUAAUGGCUGGAUUCAUGCUCCGAUUUGCUCUUCUCUGUUUGCUCCUUUACACAGGUAUUGUGUCACCUACAAGAGUGUGUAGUUACCAGGAUGUUUUGGACCACCUACAUCUGACCAGAGGAAAUGAAGUGUUCACUUCCACACGGCCUGUGCUCGACCACACACAUCCCACCAUGGUGUAUCUGGAUGUCCACCUUUAUGCGAUUCUUGCUUUGAAAUGGAAUAAUGAGCGAAUUGGGUGGAAUACUAGUAAGUUCUGUGGAAUAUCCAGGGUCUCAGUUCGCAAAGAGAUGCUGUGGACUCCGGACCUUUUCGUCUAUGAGAUGACAGAGAUGGAUCCCUACCCUCCCAGCCCAUACCUGUAUGUGAGCCAUGAUGGGAUGAUAUCAAAAGAGGAAGCCAUGAAAGUUGUCAGCACCUGCAAGAUGGACAUCCACAAGUUCCCCUUUGACACACAGAAAUGUAACAUCACAUUCAGCUCCGUCAUACAUACGGUGGCUGACAUCCAACUCAUCCCUUUCUCCAACUCAUCCCGGGCCACCCAGGCUUCUCGUGAGGUCAUGCAGACCCAAGGAGAGUGGGAGUUCCUGGACAUGACCGUCUCUAGGGGCAAAUUAAUCUUUGAAGGCGGGGAGUGGGAUACGAUCUCCUACACUAUCACCAUGAAAAGGAGGCCCCUACUUCACAUCACCAACUUCCUGAUUCCCAUCCUGUUCUUCCUUUGUCUGGACCUUGCCUCCUUCCUGAUCUCAGACCAGCGUGGGGAGAAGUUGGGUUUUAAGGUCACUGUGUUGCUGGCCAUUUCUGUUCUCCUGCUCAUCCUCAAUGAUAUACUGCCCUCAAUGUCAAACCGGAGCCCUCUCAUAGCAACCUAUUGUAUAGUUAUCUUUGCCUUCCUGUUGCUAAGCCUGUUUGAGACCAUCAUUGUGACUCAUCUGAUUGAAAGAGACUCUGUCCACCAGGAGUGGGAUCAAAACCAAACCGGCAGUCACACCUGCGGUCCAGAGGAGAAGAGGUUGGGGUGCUGUGUCUUUGCUGUGGCUGAAAGAGAAACUCCAUGUGACCCACUGCCUGUUGCAGAAGAGGUAAUUGGUGGUGUAACAGCACAGGAAGAGUCUGGUGUGCUGUUGUUGAUUCUGGACAACCUGAGGGCAGCAGAGCGGAUGCUAGCGUUCCUCGUCAACAACUGCAGUGAAAGGAAAUCUGGCUAUUGGACAACAUUGGCUCGGCGCAUCAACACUGCUUUCUUCACCAUCUACCUCACCUCAGUCAUCCUCUUUAUAACCUUUAUUUGCAAAGAAUGGUUCAAUUAGACUUAACAGUUAAAUUGGAGUUUCACUUUUAUUGGUCACAUACACA